AUGAUUCAAAGUCAGGUGAUCGAUAGUCCACAACUUGAACUUCCAUUCCCACCAGAAAUUAAUCCACACGAUUUAGUUAUUUUCCAUCCCGAUGGUCGUGUGCCCAAAACUCCUAAUGCCUUUAUGAUUUAUCGAAAAUUGUUUGUUGAAACUGCUCGUGCAAGUGGUUAUAACUUGCCAAUGAGUAUUAUCUCUCUAAUAGUAUCUCGAUCAUGGGAACAAGAACCUGAAGAAGUAAAAAAUGAAUAUAAAAGAAUCGCAAAAGAAGCCUUCAACUAUCGUGAUGAAUUAUUUCCUAAAAUAAAACCUCAAAAGAAGCGAGACCAAUGGAAAACUGUUUCAUUUGAUAAACCUUCUGUUCGUAAAGUCAGAAUUCCUAAACCUAUGAAAUCUGUCAAUAAAUCCAAAAAACAUAAACAACUUGAAUCACCCGUAUCUGAACUCCAAGCUACUCCUAAUAAUGAUUUAUUAUCUCCCAUGCUUAAUGAUUUAAAUGAUAUUGAUAUGAAUUCGCCAAUUUUUGACCAUAAUUUAUUUAUUGAUUGGGCAGAUUUCUUUAGUAAUCAAAAUACUUAUCCGAGUCCUGACUUAUCAAUAACAACUAGUAGCGAUAGUUCUCCAAGUCCAAAUAAUUUUGAGUUUCCAAUUCAAACGGAUCAACAAGUCAAUGAUGAUAUCAUAAAUAACCUUUUAUUCAUUGAUGAAAACCAAUCUCCUAUAUAUGAUAGUCAAUAUGGACUCGGAAUUUUCGAUUUCUCUAACGUUAACGUUAAUGAAAUUUCCGAAAUAAAUUCACAUAAUUUACAUGAAAUUCAGAACAACUGCAUUUUAGAUAAUUUGGUCGAUUCUACUAGCCAAUUACCUUUUUUGCCUAAUUUAUUAAAUACAACAACAAUAAAUCAAGAUAAUUUAAACGAUGCGUUAAUCGCUUAUGAGAUGGGCUUUAAUUACCCUAUCUAA